CUUCUUCUUUACGCUUACGUUAAUCACGACUAUCUACCGGAUCCAAUGGAUUUUCGUUUUCUUAAACUAUUUGCCGGAGAGCGUGUUUGUGUAAUCAGCACCAAUAUGGGCGAUCAAGGAUGGUGGAAGGGCUGGAUACGUGGACGAGCAAAUGAAAGCUAG